AUGGCUCCGAUCGACGUGGAAAAGGCGAUUGAGGAGCUAACGCUGGGUGAGAAGGUUGCUUUGACAGCUGGACGCGACUUUUGGCACACAGCUCCCAUCCCCCGCCUCAACAUCCCUUCCUUGCGCAUGUCCGAUGGCCCCAACGGCGUUCGCGGCACCCGAUUCUUCAAUGGUAUCCCGGCUGCUUGCUUCCCCUGCGCCACCGCGCUAGGUGCAACGUGGGACACCGAGCUGCUAUCCCAGGUCGGUAAGCUUAUGAGCGAAGAGGCCAUCGCCAAAGGAACACACAUCGUGCUGGGUCCGACGAUCAAUAUCCAGCGGUCGCCGCUAGGUGGACGAGGGUUCGAAUCCUUUUCUGAAGAUGGAGUGCUGUCGGGGACGCUGGCCGGGCAUUUCUGCAAGGGAAUGCAGGACAAAGGUGUCGCGGCCACGUUGAAGCACUUCGUCUGCAAUGAUCAGGAACACGAGCGAAUGGCUGUCAAUAGCAUCCUCACCGAGCGUGCCCUGCGCGAAAUAUACCUGUUACCGUUCCAGCUCGCCAUGCGCAUCUGUCGCUCGGCAUGCGUCAUGACCGCGUACAACAAGAUCAACGGUACCCACGUCAGCGAGAACAAGGCCAUCAUUGAGGAUAUUCUGCGUAAGGAAUGGGGAUGGGAUGGCCUGGUCAUGAGUGACUGGUUCGGUACUUACAGUACCUCUGACGCCAUCAAUGCCGGCCUCGACAUAGAGAUGCCUGGCAAGACCCGUUGGCGCGGAGAGGCUCUUGCUCAUGCCGUGUCUUCGAACAAGGUCGCCCAGUUCAAGCUCGAUGAGCGUGUGCGCAACGUUCUCAAAUUGGUCAACUGGGUUGAGCCGCUUGGUAUCCCCGAGGGUGCUUCCGAGAAAGCCCUGAACCGACCCCAAGACCAAGCGCUCAUGCGUCGCGCAGCUGCCGAGUCAGUCGUCCUUUUGAAGAACGAGACCGAGGUGCUUCCGCUCAAGAAGGAUGGAUCUGUCCUGGUAAUCGGACCCAACGCCAGGAUUGCAUCUUACUGUGGCGGUGGCUCAGCUUCACUCGCUCCGUAUUACACUGUGAGUCCAUUAGAGGGAGUAUCGGCGAAGAGCACAGGAGAUGUCAAGUUCACACAGGGUGUCUAUUCUCACAAGGAACUACCGCUUCUCGGACCACUCAUGAAGACUGCAGAUGGCAAGACUGGCUUCACUUUCAAGGCCUACAACGAGCCGCCUAGCGUCGGUCAGGACCGUGAGAUCGUGGAUGAGCUACAUCUCGUCGGAUCCAUUGGGUUCCUAAUGGACUAUGUCAACCACAAGAUCAAAUCAAUGACCUUCUACGUCGAUAUGGAAGGAUUCUUCACCCCCGAAGAGGAUGGACUAUAUGACUUCGGCGUUACCGUCGUCGGUACUGGUCGACUGCUAGUAGAUGACGAGGUGGUCGUUAACAACACCAAGAACCAGAAACAAGGCUCUGCUUUCUUCGGCACCGGGACCAUUGAAGAGCGCGGUGCCAAGGAACUCAAGGCGGGUCAGACAUAUCGAAUUACGUUCGAAUUCGGGAGCGCGCCUACUUCAGAUCUUGAUACUCGCGGUAUCGUCGCCUUUGGACCCGGUGGAUUCCGCUUCGGUGGCUCUCGACGUGUCGGCGAGGAGGAGUUGAUUGCGACCGCCGUUGAAAAGGCCUCCAAGGCUGAGCAGGUCGUGAUCUUCGCAGGUCUCACUAGUGAAUGGGAGACCGAAGGCUACGAUCGCGAUCACAUGGAUCUGCCUCCGGGCAGCGACAAGCUGAUCAGUCGCGUCCUAGCCGUCAACCCGAAUGCCAUCGUAGUGAUCCAAUCUGGAACUCCAGUGACGAUGCCAUGGGCAAAGGAUGCCCGUGCCAUCGUGCAGGCCUGGUUUGGUGGGAACGAGUGCGGCAAUGGUAUUGCCGAUGUGCUUUACGGCGAUGUCAAUCCCUCAGCCAAACUACCAAUCACGUUCCCACGUCGUCUCCAGGACAAUCCUUCAUACGUCAACUUCCGCUCUGAACGAGGUCGUGUUCUCUACGGCGAAGACAUCUAUGUUGGCUAUCGCUUCUUCGAGAAGAGCGACGUGUCACCAGCCUUCCCCUUCGGCCACGGUCUCUCCUACACUACUUUCAGUCGCUCCAGCCUCAGCAUCAGCACUGUUCCCGAACAGCCGAAGUACUCGGAAGCCGGCGAGCCCAUCACUGCUGACGUGACCGUCACCAACACCGGGUCUGUUGCGGGUGCCGACGUUGUCCAGCUCUGGGUCAUCCCACCGACCACGGAUGUCAAUCGUCCCAUGCGCGAGCUCAAGGCUUUCCAGAAGGUUUUCCUUGAGCCUGGGGAAUCUAAGGCGGUGCAACUCGUCGUGGAGAAGAAGCUAGCGACGAGCUGGUGGGAUGAGCAGCGUGAGCAGUGGAUCUCGGAGAAAGGUCAGUACCGGAUCUCGGUGACUGGUACUGGCACAGAGGAGCUGCAGGGCGAGUUUGAAGUUGGCAAGACCCGGUUCUGGCUUGGCCUGUAG